AUGGUACUCGUGACAGAGGGAUACAUACUAUUUCAUAUUUGGAAAAUCAUCUACCAGUAUGUGGAAUAUGGCAUAAAAGUUAGGGAUAGCAGCUCAAGACAAGCUCUCAAAGUCAGCUUCAAGAUCACACCCACCAACGUAUACCAAUGUAAUUAUAUCAGAUCAUAUAAUCAAUAUUGUGCCGCAACAGCGAGCGGCACCCUUUCCGUUAAGCGGUCAUACGAGCCAACAACUCUACGUGCCCGCCCAAGUGCUUCUAUUGGCAGUGCUGAAUUUGUCGACAUGACCGGCUCUUUGUUUAAUGUGUCCUGCAGCAGAAAAGGAAAGGAGGAGGAGGAAGAGGAGGAGGAGGAAGAGGAGGAGGAGGAAGAGGAGGAGGAGGAAGAGGAGGAGGAGGAGAAUAAACACACAUCGCCGCUCACGUGA